AGAUGCGAAGCAAUUAAGAUUUAUUUAUUCUAGGUAGCACGCGUGAGAUGUUGCUUUUACUGAUUGACUUCUCGUUAAGGAUUUUUUAAGUUUCUCGAGGAUAAUGGCUGCUGCGUCUCUGCAAACACGAGUUUUCUACGGUUUACAAACGGAUAUUGUCGGCAAUGCGCAUUAUAUCACGGAUACGGAGAUUCUGUAUCCAGUUGGUAAUGUAUUGGCGGUUCACAAUUUUGCUCAGCGCGAUCAGAAAUUGAUUCGAUUGCCCGACAAGCAUCGAAUAAACGUCAUUUGCGUCUCGCCUAAUAAGAGAUACGUCGCAUUGUCCGAAGUGGGCGAGAAACCUGCCAUCUCUAUUUACGACAUCGCCUCUCUGAAGCGCAGGAAGUUACUCGGCAUACCUUUCGAAGCCACGGGAGUAACGAGAUUCUCAUGCAUGGCAUUCACCCACGACAGUAAGAAUCUAGCCGCCAUCACUGGGGAGCCUGAACAAACGAUGCUCUUCUAUAAUUGGGAGAAGGGUAAGGUGGAGUCCACGUACAAGGUGGCCAUUCCGCAGAACCCGUUGGCGAUCGCCGAGAUGAUAGCAUGCAAUCCGGCGGAAUCGGCGGUGAUGGCUUUCGGUGGAUCAUACAUUUUCAAGUUCCUCACCAUCGCCGAGACGGUGUGGCGUUCGUACGGCUUCGCCAAGGCCGACAAUCUUCUCAUCUGCUCGAUGGCUUGGCUGAACGCGGAUCGACUGCUGGCCGGCACCAAGGACGGCCGGGUACUUUACCUAGAAAACGGCGACUUGAAGAACAUCUAUCAGAUAUCCGAAACGGUGUCGAUGAAUCUCAAGAUCCGCGAGGAGUACGUGAUGCCCGCGGACCAGAGCUCGCAGGUGACCCCGGAGCUCCGCGACAACGCCUGGGAGCAGCACGUGCGCUGCCUGCUCGCUUUCCCGAGAGGAUUCGUUUACGCCUUAGGCGUCGGCACCAUAGUCCUAUUCGAGAAGGAAGGGAAGCACAAGUACACUAAGAGAAACAUUUACUGCGUCCCGGUGCAGGCGUGGUCGCAGAAAGACGCCCCGGAUCUCUACAGGAUCAACACGAUCAACGUGAACAUCAGCUAUGAUCAUCUGAUCAUCACGUCCGGCUGGUCCCAAUUGUUCCACGUUACCCUCUGGGGCCCGGAUCUGAACAUGGACCCGGAACCGCAACAACUGAAUAUCAUGGGCCAGCCGUUGCACCACGGCCCCAUCGGCGAUCUCUCCGUGUGCGCUUGGAAGUCGGUCUUCAUGACGUUCGGCGAGUACGACCGCAGCGUCAGACUGUGGGACUUCGAGACCGAGAGUCUGAUCAUGCUGAAGCAGUACGCGGAGGAGAUAUGCGGCAUCGCGAUGCACCCGAUGGGCCUGUUCUGCCUGAUCGGCUUCAGCGACAAGCUGCGCUUCAUGACCAUACUGAUCGACGACCUGCUGCCGAUGCACGAGUUCGCCAUCAGGAGCUGCAGGACCGUCUGCUUCAGUCACGGCGGCCACAUGUUCGCCGCGGUCAACGGCAACGUCGUGCAGGUCUACACCACCAUCGGCUUCUACAAUCCCUUCAUCCUGAAGGGACACACGGGCAAGGUGAAGGCCUUGCUGUGGUCGCAGAUGGACCUGAAGAUGCUGAGCAUGGGAACGGAGGGCGCGAUUUACGAGUGGGACAUGGCCACCGGCACACGCUCCGGCGAGAUCAUCCUGAAGGGCCUGAACCUCCGCGACUUGGUGCUCUCUUCGGACAUGUCGUACACCUACUGUAUAGCGCACGAUGACCGUAUACGCGAGAUCAGAUAUAACGCGGUGUUGCGAGACUUCAAGCUGGUCGGUAAGGAAAUGCACCACAUGAUCAUGGGAAAGGACGAUCUGUCGAUAUUUGUAACUUGCCCCGGCGGUGUUAUCCUGUCGCUGAAAACCCCGCUUCAGAGCACGAUAGAGUCGAUAGAUUUCCAUCUGCACAGCGUCGACGUCAUGAAGAUCGCGCUCUCGCACAACGAGAAUUACUUGAUAUCCGUCGCGAGGGACGGGAGUUUGUGCGUGUGGAAGCUGUACUACGCGGAGGGGAAGGUCGUGAAGAUCGGCAGAGAGCUGCCGUACACGGACGAGGUGUUGAUCGGCAAAGAGGAUCUGCAGGACAAGAUAAACACGAUUAAGGGUCUGACGGUGCGGAUAAGGGAGCUGGAGACCGAGCACGCGUACAAGCUGCGGCAGAUCGAUGUAUUGCACGGCGACAAGCUGCGCGACGUUCAUCGGGGAUACUGCGAGGCCAUCAAGGAGCUGCGGGACAGGAUCGAGAAGCUCCAAGAGGACCACAUCAACGAGAUCAACAACAUAAACGUGGAGAUAGUGAAGAUGAAGAACGCGCACGAGCAGGCGACGCAACGCAUGGAGAACAGCUACGAGGCCAAGUUGAUCACGGAGUACGACAGGUAUCAGGCGUUCGAGGAGCACACCAACGCCAUGCGCCAGGAUUACGAGCGGCAACUGGCCAACCUCGAGAAACGCGACGCAGAGGAGCUGCAGAGCGUCGUGACCAAGUACGAGGCUCUGGUGCACGAGAAGAAGUUGCAACUGGAGGAGACGUCGGACGAGAUGGCGCACAAGGAGCAGGUCCACGGGCACUUGGUGGCGCAGAUAGAGGACGACGCCGAUCGCGAGAUCCUCGAGAUACGCACGAACUACGAGAGCCUCUUACAGGAGGAGAGGCAGUCCAAUCUGAAGCUGAAGGGAGAGGCCGGCGUGAUGCGGAACCGAUUCAUGGCCGGCCAGAAGGACGUGGAGGACCUGAGGAGGCAGGUGAGUCGCGUGCAGACAGAGUACGCGCAGUUCCACAAGAACAUACAGGACCUGGAGAAGCAGCUGGUGGAGAUGAAGAAGGAGAUCGACGAGAGGGACGCGACGAUUCUGGACAAGGAGCAACAGGUGUACGACACGCUGCGGGCGAACCAGGAGCUGGAGAAGUACAAGUUCGUGCUGACUCACAAGGUGCAGGAACUAGAAGGGCAGAUAGAGCCGCGGAACCGGGAGAUACAGCAGCUGAACGAGGAGAUCCGGAACACGGGGAUUGAACUGAAGAGUUACCACGAGACCGAGGCCAGUCUGAAGCUGGAGUUGCGCGAAACGCGAGAGAAGUUGCGGGCGGCGCGGCAGGAAGUCGACAGCGAGGUGCACAAGAGCAGGCGGUGUCAGCGGCUCGUGCGGAGGAUUCGCACCGACAUCCUCGACACCGCCGUGCAGGAGGAGCCGAGCGCUCUGAGGACGGCGGUGACCAGCCUGUAUCACAAGUACAGUGCGGCCGAACAGUUCCUGCGCUCUCGCAAGGCGGACGUGGACGCGGAGUGCGAGUUUAAGAAGCAGCGCGAGCUCUUGGAGAGGACCGUCGCGUCCCUCCAGAGGCAGGUGUCCAAGGACACGUCCGUGGGAGAGAAAGAUCUGGAGAGGAUGACGGAGGAGAGCAGCGUGCUCAUCGUGGAGCUGAACGCUCUGAGGGAGCAGCUGAAGGAAGCGCGGGAAUACAUCUCGCGGAUGGAGAGCAUGUUGGGUUUGACGCGGAUGGACGCACGAUCCGCGGAGGCGAAGGAAGCGAUGCAGCAAGCGUAUCAGGGCUACGAGAAGGUGCGGGAGAAGUACACGGCGCAAAUGCGGGAGUACCAGCAGAUUAUUCUGGCGCUGAAAGAGGAUGUGACACGGCUCCUGAGCAGAUUGUCCUCCGAAGAGGUGAAGGGACGGAAGAGAUCGCUCUGAGACCGGUCCGCGGCGUCUAGUC